CAUCACCGUGUGCAACAGCGACGGGACCUGUUUUCUUUCAUUCUUGAUCUUCAUACCAGCUCGAAUCUGCAUAGCCGCAAUCUGGCAAGAUGUCGCAGUGGGGCCAACCUGGAUUUCAGUAUCCCAUGUCCACGGGCUAUCCAGGUCAACAGCAGCAACAGUUUCAGCCUGGCCAGAAUCCUCAAUUUCAGCAGCAACCCAGUUUCCAGCCUGGAGGGAUAAAUAGUGGCGGUUUUCAGCCUGGUGGAAUAGCUCCACAGCCUACUGGGUUUCCAGGCCCACGACCACAGCAGGGUUACCAGCAGCCUCAACAGACAGGCUACCUCGGCCCAGGUCCCUCUAGACUGGGUGUCUUGCAAGCCCAGCCUACGGGUUUUCCAGGUGAGAGUAGCUUUGCGCAACAGGGUCGUCCACAGCCUCCACCUGUUCCGCCCAUCCCAAGUCAAUUCCAGCAGCAGCCUCAGUUACCUCAACAGACUGCGUUCGCAAAUCCACAGCGGUUCGGAGGUCCGUCUCCCUCGGGAUUCGGUGGAAACACAGGCCUCGUACCCCAGCCAACAGGCUUUGCCGGUCGGACUGCUGCGCCCUUGAUACCCCAAGUAACUGGCUUUGUAGAUCCAAGGUUGCAGAUGAUGUCUAGCUCGUUCUUACCUGCCAAUAUAUCUGCACCAUAUGGUGCUGGAGGAAUUCCACAGCUUGCUGCCCCUCCCCAGCAACAGUUGGGCGGUCUAUCUUUGCAGCAGUCCUUCCAGCAACAUAAUCAGGCACGAGGCAUAGGGUCUGCUCCCAAGAUCCCAUGGACGCUCUCCAAAGGCGAAAAGAAGCAAUAUGACCAGAUUUUCAGAUCCUGGGAUGCCCAAGGUACUGGUUUCAUUAGCGGUCAGACUGCACUCGAGGUCUUUGGCCAGAGCGGAAUCGAAAAGAACGAACUGGCUCGCAUCUGGACCCUUGCUGAUGCUGAUAACCGCGGCAAGCUCAACCUUGCUGAAUUCCAUGUAGCCAUGGGCCUGAUCUACCGCAAACUUAAUGGCAAUGACAUACCUGACGAACUCCCACCCGAACUCAUCCCCCCUUCCUCCCGAGAUCUUGAUACCUCUGUUAAUUUCCUCAAGGACAUUCUCAAGAACGAUACACGCGCCCGCUCACCAUUGGGUCUCGACACUCCUGUCUCGCGUCUCAAAGAGCGCUCAUUCAAUUCUACAUCUGCGCCAGGUGCUGGCGGACGACAAGAUGCUACAGUCUACAAGCACACCGACGCAGAGCCUCCUGGCGGGUUCUACCAGCCUCGCAGCAGGCACAUCGACCGCAGCACUGUGCGCUCACGCAAUGAAGAUAAUAGUCCUGCCGCAGAUAUGUCUGAUAUAAAACGUCAACUUGCUAACACGCAAAAGAUGCUCGAUGCAGGCGCAGUAGCAGACGCCGGCGACGAUGAACUUGAUCGUGAGAUGAGUGAUCUACGGUACCGCAUUAAGCGGCUGCAAGAAGAUCUGGACUAUGUCUCCCGCGGUCCGAGGAGCGCGAACAAAGAGGAGGAGCGUAGGAGGUUGGAGAGAGAGCUUAUGCAGCUCAUGCACGAGCGUGUACCUGAGCUCGAGCGCAAGAUCGAGGACCGCCAGGCGAGGAAAGAGAGGGAAAAUCGCGAAUACGCCAGAGAGCGUGAUAGAAGGAACGAAAGAUCUGGUCGUUUUGACGAUACUGAUGGCAGGCGUUCGCCUUACAUGCGGUAUCGAGAUGAUGACCGCGAUAGACCUUAUUCUCGCAGUGCAUCGAGGUACGAUAGGGAUGACAGAGACUACGACAGGGAUAGGUCGUACCGUGACCGCCAUGACGACCGGGAUCUGGAUCUGGAUCGCAGUCUGUCAACAUCAACGCGUACCCCGCCGCCGCCUGCUGCUCCAGCAAACAACAUAUCGCAACCUCCACCACCACCACCACCAGCAGCUCCCAGCCGCUCGCCUGCUCCGGGAGUGAAACACAUGACGCCUGAAGAGCGCAAAGCAUUUGUCCAAGCGCAAGCUAAGAAACGUCUUGAAGAACGUAUGCAAGCUCUAGGCGUUUCUACCCCAUCCUCGACUGUAUCACCUACCUUGGAUGUGAGCGUUGAAGACAGACUAGCUCAGGAGAAGAAGGAAGCAGAGGAGAAAGCCAAGGAAGCUGAGAGACAGGCUGAAGAGCGCGAGAGGCUUAGGAGGGAACGACUUGAAAGCGAGAAGGCUCUUAGGGAAGGCAAGGCGACUCUUCAGCCUACGCCUACUCCUACUGUGCCGACACCCACUACCACCGCCCCACCUCCUGCCCCUGCACCCAAGGUCGCGUCGCCAGCUUCGAAGUCCCGUGCACCAGCACCACCCCCACCGAGGAAGGGCUUUGCUUCUCGCCCGUCUGCGACUUCAUCUUCUGCACCCCCACCUGCUCCUGUUCCCCCAGUCCCAGCUCUGACCCCUGUGCACACUGCUGUUUCCCCGCCAGCUCCCGUAGCACCUGCUGUACCCAAAGAAGACCUAGAGGAUGCAGAUCUCAAAGCCCGUGAGGCAGCCCUUCGCCAGAAACGAGAAGACCGUGCUGCCCUCCUCCGCAAGCUUGAGGAAGAGGAGGAGGAGGCGCGUCGUGCUGAAGAAUUAUACCUGGCACGCCGAAAGCAGUUCUUGGCUAGUAAAUCUGCCGCAUCCCCUACUACGCCUGCUACACCUACAUCUCCUGUCCCGCCGCCGCCUGCUUUCGUUCCUCCUCCGCCGCCGCCACCACCCCCUGCUCCUCCAGUGGAGCCUAAGUCUGGGCCUGAGGAAGUAGUGCCUACCAUUACUGCUCCACCACCAGCGCCACCACCACCCGCACUGCCUGUAAAUAAGUCGAGUACCAAUCCCUUCAGUCGAAUGAUGAAGGAGGGAGGAUCUACUGUUUCGACCCCUGCAGCGAGCAACGGUAGCAGUAACCCCUUUUUCCUCAACAAUCCUGUGCCUCCACCUACCGCACCCGCACCCCCCAAAAGUCCUGGACCUUCGAGCAAAACGACCUACAACACGGCUGGGGGUGAUAGUGAAGAUGACUGGGAUGAUGUCAUGGAAAACGAAGAGAAUGAUAGUAGUGAUGAGGAAUUGGGUUCGAGGGAUACGCGUAUGGGGUUGGCGCAGCAGCUGUUUGGGAACUUGUUGCCUUCAAGGCCACAAUCUGCCGGACCUGAGAAAUCUCGAAGUCCUGCCCCUCUGUCGCCACCUUCUGCACCUCCGCCGCCACCCGCACCUAUUGCACCCUCUCCACCAUCCGCACCAUUUGCACCCCCACCACCAUCAGUCGAUAUCGCACCCCCAGCUUCAACUGGCGAUCGCAAUGCCCUCUUGAGUGCUAUUCAAGGAGGAGCAAAAUUAAGGAAGGCUGUUACUCAUGACCGCAGUGCUGCAGCGGCCUCUGGCAAAGUUAUCGGUGAUAUCGCUCCUCCUCCUCAUAUCAAUGUUGCGCCCCGUCCAGCGUCGCCUCCCCCUGUUAUCUCCCCGGUAACAUUUGUGCUUCCUUCGCUCCAAGAACCCGUCGCUGAGGCACCCCAAAUGACUAGAGAGUCAACUUCAGGACACAGUAAGAAGGAAUCGGUUGACUGGUAUACUGGCCUUGCUGCUGACCAAGGCGCUGUGCACCACUUGCCAGCCACUAUCGAGGAGGAGGAGGAGCCCGCUGAGGAGGCGUCUGUGAUCCCAGAGACUCAAGCGUCUGAGGCAACGGCUGAUAUGAUGGAUGAUAUUGAUAAGUCCAUUGAGUUCCGUGUGUGGUCGCUUUACCCGUAUGAAGGACAGAAACCUGAGGAUCUUAGUUUUGUUGAGAAUCUGAUCAUUACUGCUCAUCCCUCCAAGACAGGAGGCGACUGGUGGUAUGGCACCAUCGUGAAGGAUGGCAAAUCUGGAUUCUUCCCACAAACAUACGUGCAGAAGGUGGAAUCAGUGAAAGCAAAUGCGUUGUACUCGUACGCAGGAGGGAACGCAGAUGAACUUCCCUUUGCCGAAGGCGACGAACUCUCCAUCAUAGAUAGAGGCGAAGCAGAUUGGUGGAAAGCUGAACGAGAUGGGAUCGUCUUUAUCGUGCCAGCAGCUUACCUGGAGAUAGUAGAGGCCGCCGGAUCUCCACAACUCGUGCGCGUGAACCCGCAUGAGAAGCCGUCGACUAACAUUGACAGCGCCGAACGUCCUGAUAUAUUGGGAGCAGCAGCUGUCAGUGGAUCACCUAAUGAGGACGACCACGCUGACAGGUCUUCCGAUGAGGGCGAAGACUAUUAUUCGAUGGAUGAAUCAGAGGACGAUUCAGAAGGGUCUGAGGAUGGGACUAUUGAGGACGAACACGCUCGAGAGCUUGAACGUCAACGAGUGUUGGAGGCGGCGGGUCUGAUUGUAGAUACGAGCUCGAGUGUGAUGGCGUCGCCUAAUCCCUCAGUACAGAAGCGCCGUCCUCCCCCCGUGACUCCUCAGCGGGUUUCCAUAGCACCAAUGGAUUCCAAGAAUCUUCCGCCAUUGCCAACUGUCGACUUGACAGAUACUGAACUCGAUUCGACGUCUCGUCUGGACGACGCUUUCGAUCGGUACGACGUUUUCAAGAAGACGAAUGGGAACUUCAACAAUAGGAUGUCUGUCUCAUCCUUUGAUACCUCUCCUUCGUCGCCGCCGCGCUCGCCUGCUGUGUCUUUGGCGCCUAGUCUUACCCAUCGAGAUUGGGAGAGUCGUACGUCGCAAUUUUUGAGCUUUUUGGGGAGACAUACGAAUAGGUCGACUACGCCGGAACCUGAGAAGAAAACGUUGGUCAUAUCUGGUCCUAUUGUCAAUACGCCUGUUUGUGGUGAGACUGGAGAUGAGAACCCUAGUUUUGGCACGUCAUGGGCGAGCUUGGUGGACAAGUCAGCACUCGAGGGAAUUCCUAAGAUGGAGCGGCGGCGACAAGAAGCGAUAUUCGAACUUAUUUCUACCGAAGCAGAUUACGUUCGCGACCUGCAGCUCAUCGUUGAAUUAUUCUACUCUCGACUUAUGGGUACGCUCGGAGAGAAGGCGACCACUGUUAUAUUUGCCAAUAUUGAAGACAUACUACUCACUAAUACUACAUUCCUUUCUGUUCUCGAAGAACGUCAGAAAGACUGUCGGCUCUACAUCGACCACAUCGGCGAUGUUCUGGAGACUCACAUUCCUAACAUGCACCUCUAUCUGUCGUAUUGCGUGAAUCAGCACAAUGCUGCUAAGGUUCUUCGGUCUAUGAGAGACAGCAAUGCUGACCUUGCUACUCAACUUCAGCGCCUCCGCGAUGACCCUUCUGCCCGAAAUCUUGAUCUAUCACAUUAUCUUCUUGUACCUAUGCAACGCCUCACGCGAUACCCUCUUCUAAUCCGCCAAAUCCUUCAAUACACAGACCACCCCUCAACAACCGAUACUUCUAUCCAAAACGUAACUAACGGACAACCUCUAGCAGCCUCCAUCCAGCUCCCGGGCGAUGCAGAGGAACGAAAAAACAUCAGUGCUGCGUUGAAAGCAGCACAGAAAAUUCUGGAGCACGUGAACGAGACAAUACGAGAGCAAGAAGGGAGGGAAAGGCUGAGCGAGAUUAGCAAGGAUCUGUGGAUUGGACAGGGUCACCUUGAUCUCACCGCUCCAACACGACACCUGGGACCGCGAAAGCUUUUGAAGGAAGGGGUGAUAUGCAAAGCCAAAAGCGGACGCAAACUUCGUCUGUUCCUAUGCAGCGACAUCCUCGUCCUGACACACGAAGGGGGAAAAGGUUUAUAUCGUGUUCCUAUACCUCUCAACGAAGUGCAAAUAAAGGGGUCGAGAAACGAGCGCGAGGACUCUCUGCUUCGCCUGCACCUUGCUUACCCACGUGGUGGCGAUACCAUUGUUUUGCGAGCAACUUCAAACAAAGAGGCUUUAUCGUGGAAAGACGCGAUCGAGCGUGCUAGUCGAAGGGCCAGGGAUGGAGAGCGACGAGCUGUAAAAGCUCAGCGUGCAUCAUCAAAGACGGACCUACAACUUUAAACUUUAAGAUCUACAGACAUUUUAUUAGACUUCCCUGCUAUCGUUAUGUUUCUCAUACUGACAUUCAGCUUACCCAUUCCUAGGCAGCAGCUUAUUGAUUCUAUCCCACUGCUGUGACGGCGGUGUUACCUGACUAUUAUGUGACGUCUGCAUGUGUUCUGAAAUGAUCCGGCAGUUCUGGUUUUCUGGCUGUGCACUGAUCCUUACUAUAAUGCUACGUACGAGCUACCAUUCUAGUAGAACCAAGUGAGCGCCCGGUCGUCCUUCAAUGUUCAACUGUCACCAUAGUGACUCUACCCGUAGUGGAAUAGAUUAUUUAACGCUUUCCGCU